AACGGAAUUUAAAUUGAAAAACUCAAACCACAAAAAAAAUUAGAAAUUGAGCAGACAAGUAGACAACGACUCAGUGAGAGAUCUUCGACCGUCUAUAAAUAACCAAACUAGCGUUGUUUUUUAUCCGGCGACAUUUGUGGGUGGUUCACGGUGGUUAUGGAUGCUCUCCGAUUCGAGUUUAGUUUAUCUUCCCUCACUUCCACAGCUGUCGCCGCCACUUCUUUACGCAGUCACUCUCGUCGCUUCUUCUCCUCUGUGCGACUCGGCCGAGUCGUCGGCUCAUCAUCUCCGACGAUCACAUCGGCCGCGAAGACGACGGUGAAUGAAAUUUGCACGGCGGAUGAACUCCACUACGUUGCUGUUCCAAACUCCGAUUGGCGCGUCGCUCUCUGGCGUUAUCUUCCUUCCCCAAAGGCACCAAAGAGGAAACAUCCUUUGCUUCUGUUGUCUGGGAUUGGGACCAAUGCCGUCACAUACGAUCUUUCCCCUGAGUGUUCCUUUGCAAGAUUCAUGUCUGGUUCUGGAUUUGAUACUUGGAUUCUUGAGCUCCGUGGAGCCGGUUUGAGUUCUCUAAGUGUUGAUAGAAAUCUGGAUAACCAGCAACGGAUAGUCUCGAAUCUAUUGGAGAAUCUCGUAAAUGUAUCCGAGAGACUGGAAAAUGUUCUUGAUGGAGAUUCCAAGAUCAUCGGGCUGCAAGACCGUCUAUCUAAGAGAGUGGGAGAUUUCAAGCAGCGGUUUGAACUUAUCCCUCAUUACAAUUGGGAUUUUGAUAACUAUCUUGAAGAAGAUAUUCCUUCUGCGUUGGAGUAUGUGAGGACUCAAGCCAAUCCUAAAGAUGGCAAGUUGCUCGCCGUUGGUCACUCAAUGGGUGGUAUCUUGUUAUACGCCAUGCUCUCAAGAUGCGGCUUUAAAGGAAUGGAUUCGGGGUUAGCUUCUGUCGUCACUCUCGCAUCAACAUUUGACUAUUCAUACUCAGGAACACUUCUCAAGUACCUAUUACCCAUCAAAGCGCCUGCAGAAGCUAUUAACCUGCCUAUCAUGCCGAUUGACACAAUGCUCGCCAUGGCUCACCCUCUAAUGUGUCGUCCUCCAUAUCCUUUGUCCUGGUUAACCGCUAAUAUCUCUGCUCCUCAAAUGAUGGACCCCGAAGUGAUUGAGAAGCUUGUUUUGAACAGCUUAUCCACAGUACCAGUUAAGCUUCUCUUGCAACUAACAACAGCGGUGGACCAAGGUGGGCUGCGUGAUAGAACCGGUACUUUCUAUUACAAGGAUCAUAUUAGCACAACCAAUGUGCCGAUCUUAGCUCUUGCAGGAGACUGGGACAUAGUCUGCCCCCCUGAUGCUGUAUACGAUACUGUAAAGCUGAUUCCAGAACAUCUAGCUACUUUCAAAGUUUUGGGAUCACCUGGAGGUCCACAUUAUGGCCACCAGGAUCUGCUUUCUGGUCGAACGGCACGGAGCGAAGUAUAUCCUUUGAUUGCUCGAUUUCUUCAGCAACAUGAUGAGAGUUAAGAGUUAACCCAGAUUUCAAAUGGAUUUGAUUCUUGUUUCUCUGUAUAUAAAAGAAGGUACACACAUUCAUGUAUACAUUAUCUUCACAUAUUUGGGAGCUUUGUACUCGGUAAGCAAAAGCAAAGUAGUAAAGAACUGAUGUCUAGUUAUUUCAGACUGGUAAAGAUUUCAUUUAUACA